AUGCUUGCAAACUCACUCCGUGCACAGGCCAGAGCAGUAGUUGCGUCAUCGACAGCUCCAAGGAUUGGUCUUCUGCACUGCGCGAAGCUUAUACCGCGUCAAACCUUACGGUUACUGUCCACUCUUCGCACCCUUCCUUCGACCCGUUCCUAUUCGACCGGGCUCGCUGAUGUGUGGAAGGAGAACGCACCGUCUUCUGAGGCUGCGCAGGACGAGGAGCCUGCUCCAAUCCCGACCCCACCCGGUCCCUACAGAGAUAACAGGACACUUUACGUCGGUAAUCUCCCAGCAUGGACCUCGGAGGCGGACGUCCGGGACAUAUUCAAGGAUUACCCAGACGUGGAGGUCUUACUGAAAUCUUCCACAGCUGGCAAAAGUUAUGGCUUUGUGCAUGUCAUAUUUCCCACAGAGGAGGUGGCUGAGGAAGUCCUAAAAAUGCAUGCGGAGACGCCUUUCAAAUUCGAUGGACGCCAGCUCCGGAUAGAGUGGACCCUCCGCCUUGAACGAGCAUCCGAACAAGCUGGCUCCCACACACUGUUCGUCAGGAACAUCCCAUACUCCGCGACCGAGGAUGACCUCCGAGAGCUGUUCGGUCGUGAGGCCGUAGUCACCCGUGUUGCUCUGGGCCGCAACAGACCGGGAGAGACCGCAGGAUACGCGCACGUACAGUUUGCGAGCGAGGGUGAAGCACAAAAGAUUCUCGAAGAGCAUGCGCAAACACCGAUUGUGAUGUCUGAGCGUCCUCUCGUGAUAGAAUAUGCCGCAAACACUACGCGUCAUCAAAGGCCCGAACGGGUCGAUGCGGCUCUUCGGGAACAAACCCAAGAAACUUCCACGAUGUGGAUAGGCAAUCUGGCUGAAUCAGUGACGGAGCGGGAGCUGCGAUUGAUGUUUGAGCCGAUGGGUUCGGUCAUGGACGUGAGAUUGGAGAAGUACAGGGAUCCUCGAUCACGCCGUUUUGCAUUCAUCGACUUUGCGUCACCAAAAAUCGUCAACGAUAUUGUGAGCAAGCACAAAGAGAUACCCUUUAGGUAUGCUGGCGACAUCGUGUACCUCGACUACGGCUACAGUCGUGUGAGACCGCAAACGGAGGCGCCUCCGCACCAUACGCUCUACCUGUACGCCUUCCAGCGUGAUGAGGAGCUCCUGAAGGAGUACUUCGGCCACCACGCAGCGCACAUUCGGAAGAUCAAUUUUUGGGCACCGCGAGGGAAGGAAGACUCUGAGUACCCUUCCGCAUUUAUAGAAUUCAAGACCGUCGAAGAUGCUGAAGCAGCCGUAAACGAGUUGGAUGGCCGUGAAGUCCGUCCCGGCUUCCAGUUUAGGCUCAAGUAUGCUCAGAAGCGAGCAACAGAGCGCGCUGCCUGGCGUUCUGCUCAGGGAGAUUAUGGGAUGAAGAGCCUCUCAAGGGACUCAGAGGAAGGGGAUGAGCGAGAGGAAGUUGAAGCACAGAGCCGACGCAGGCGCGUCGGAACCACCAAGUCUGGGGGGCGUGCGUCCUAUGGGGCCGACUGGGGAGGUGGCAAGCGUGGCGAGCGGUAUCGAAAGGGGAAAACCGGAUGA